ACUUCGCUUCGAGAUCGUGUUCUUUUCCUUCGAACGCCGGCAUCAAAUCGAUCGUCUCCUCCGGAUCAUCCUCGUUCUCGAAGUCAAGAAGAGAAAAAGGAAUUCAUCGAAACCCUAGAAUACGAAUUCAUCUCCAUCUCUCAAUCAACUUCGAAACCCUAGAAAGCUGAAUCAAUGGGCUCGCAAUCUUAGAAGGCUUUGCUCUUGGAACUGGAUUCGGAUCGGUGGUUUUUUAAUUUCGAGUGGUUUUGAGAAGUAGGAGAGCUGGGGUGGGUGUGGGAGAAGUUCAUGGUCAUGGGGGCCUCGGGGUCAAAGCUCGAGAAGGCCCUCGGAGACCAGUUCCCCGAAGGAGAGAGGUAUUUCGGCCUUGAGAACUUCGGCAACACUUGCUACUGCAACAGCGUUUUGCAGGCGCUCUAUUUUUGUAUACCUUUCCGAGAGCAGUUGCUGGAAUAUUAUGCAAAUAACAAGAAGCAAGGAGAUUUAGAGGAGAACCUUUUGACUUGUUUGGCUGACCUGUUCACCCAGAUUAGCUCCCAGAAAAAGAAAACUGGUGUCAUAGCUCCAAAGCGUUUUGUGCAAAGAGUGAAAAAGGAAAAUGAGCUCUUCCGUGGUUACAUGCACCAGGAUGCUCAUGAAUUUUUGAUUUUCUUGCUUAAUGAACUUGUCGAUAUCCUCGAGAGGGAGAGUAAGGCUGCAGAAGGUUCUCUUGGUCCCCCAACACCAUCAGAAAUGUUGAACAAUGGUCAAGUUUGGCCUCAAGCGAAUGGUGUGCACAAAGAAGCCCUUGUUACAUGGGUCCACAAAAGCUUUCAGGGUAUUCUAACAAAUGAAACAAGGUGCUUACGGUGCGAAACUGUGACUGCAAGGGAGGAGACAUUCUUUGAUUUAAGUCUCGACAUUGAGCAAAAUAGUUCAAUUACCAGCUGCCUGAAAAACUUUAGCUCAACAGAAACCUUGAAUGCUGAGGAUAAGUUCUUUUGUGACAAGUGCUGCAGUUUGCAAGAAGCUCAGAAGAGGAUGAAGAUUAAGAAACCACCAUCAAUCCUGGUCAUCCAUCUCAAGCGUUUCAAGUACAUGGAGCAGCUUGGUCGCUACAAGAAACUAUCUUAUCGGGUUGUUUUCCCUAUGGAACUGAAGCUUAAUAACACAGUUGAUGCUACUGACAUGGAAUACUCCCUAUUUGCAGUGGUAGUUCAUGUGGGGAUAGGGCCAAACCAUGGCCACUACAUCAGCCUAGUCAAGAGCCACGAUCACUGGUUGUUCUUUGAUGAUGAGAAUGCUGAAAUGAUCGAUGAAUCCACUGUCCAGACUUUCUUUGGGUCUGCGCAGGAGUUCACAAGCAACACUGAUCAUGGUUACAUCCUGUUUUAUGAGAGCAUCAGUGCAAGACGAUGAUUAUCAUGCCAAAUUUCACCAUCAAAGGCGCUACAGCACUGCCAUUUUUUGCCCAACUUUAGCUUCACCAAAUGGUUUGAGCAUCAAUAGAGCUCUCGGAGAUGAGAGGACGUAAAAUUUACUGUGGUUGUUGUGUACAGGUCAUGCUGGAAAUACAUCAGUCUCAUGAAGGAAUAAAAUUGAGUGUACAUGCUCGAUCGAUUGUUCAAACAUUAAGCGUUUCCUGUAAUCUUGAUUGUUAGUUAACCAAAUAUUAUAGUGAAUAGAAAAUGACGAAAUGCCCAAUCCUCUGUGUUUUUAUA